AUGCUAGCGUCGUUGAAAGCAAAGCGGAAGAUGGCUUCGAAAGCGACGAAAUCAUUCCAGCGACAGAAGAGACGGUCAUGGAUACAACAACAUCAAGCGACAGCAUCACUGAAGAAAGCCAGCUUGUUCAGAUCAACGACGACACAAUCGUUUCACCUGUUGAUUCCAUCAAACACUGCCGUUGUAAUGCAGGCUGUUCAAAGCAUCCCAGCCGUCCAAAGCAUCCCAGCCGUCCAAAGAAUCCCAGCCGUCCAAAGCAUCCCAGCCGUCCAAAGCAUCCCAGCCGUUCAAGGCAUCCCAGCCGUUGACAGCACCGUCUCGUCUGAAAAUAACGCGAGCUUCAAAGUGGCAUGUCUUUCCAAAGUCUGGCUACCCAUUCGGACCGCUCCAUUCAUCACGUACAGCACCAAUUGUGAUUUUUGUGAUCACGACAUGUACACAGUCAAUUGCGUUUCAGAUUCGUUCACUUGCGGUUCGUUGUGUGCAGGCGACACAAAAUGCACUCACUUCACUUUCAUCGCUAAACCCAAUGGCUUUGGCGAUUGCCGUUUGAAAAACGCGCCCAAUUCCAGCGGUGCUUGGGCGUUGUCCAUCCAAUCGUCAUCGUCUUACGUUUGUGGCUAUGUCGGCCAACGCGCCUUCAUUAACAUCCUCCCAGGUCUUUGCCUUUCGACGGAAAUUAACGCAACGUUUCCGUAAUAAACAGAUACGAGGAUAUCUCUUUCUUCUUAAUUGCAAAGAAAUGAAAAGACAAUUUCGGUUAAAUUGAAUCGUUAAAGAUGGACGUUACCUUCAAGUGUGAGGUACGCACAGGAGUAAAUGAUGUAUAACGUAUAACCUUAGACGGACGCAAGGCAUUUUGGCAAUUGAUUACGAUGUUUUUACGAGUUGCAUGCGUCAGAAAAUUGAAUCAGGUUAAGCGUAUGGUACUCGACCGACUUUCGUGGGAACAGUUUCCUCUGCCCGUAAAAGAUGCUUGCAAUUGUUUUGUUUCCAGCCUAUCUGCAUAUCGUGUGUAAAGUUGAAUAUAAACUGUGACGAGAG